ACACUGUGCAUAUUGUGUACAGGUAGUGGGAGGAGUAAGUGAGGCGGCUGUUAGCUUUGCUGGCGGAGGUAGCGCCAUGACAGCGGCUCAGUGAGUCGGCGCGGCCCGGGUUGGAUUCGCAGCUUAGUGGCCGCCUUUCGUUGUCAGUGUCUCCCGCCCUGCGGCUCUGCGGAGAUGUGAGCGCCGCGGCAGCUGAAGGUUUAAUAGGAAUGUCAAAAGAAAAAUAUGAUCCAAAAGAUCUACGUAAAAUAUAUGCAAUCAUGUCAUUAGAAGAGGCAGCUAAUGGGAAGAAAUCACACUGGGCAGAAUUGGAAAUCUCUGGUAAAGUGAGGAGCUUGAGUACUUCACUGUGGUCUUUGACGCAUUUGACUGUGCUGCAUCUGAACGACAACAACCUUACACGCAUUCCACCUGAUAUUGCCAAGCUCAAUAAUCUAGUUUACUUGGAUCUAUCCUCUAAUAAAUUGCGCAGUUUACCAGCUGAAAUUGGAAAUAUGGUGUCACUCAGGGAUUUGCUUUUAAAUAACAAUCUGUUACGGGUUUUGCCUUACGAGCUAGGACGACUGUUCCAGCUACAAACCCUGGGGUUAAAAGGCAAUCCUUUGUCACAGGAUAUCUUGAACCUCUAUCAAGAACCAGAUGGAACAAGAAAGCUACUGAACUAUAUGCUUGAUAAUUUAGCAGUUCAUCCAGAGCAGCUUCCUCAGCGACCUUGGGUCACAUUGAAGGAGAGAGACCAAGUGUUGCCAACAGCAUUGUUCACUGUCAUGUGUUAUAAUGUUCUAUGUGACAAGUAUGCUACAAGACAGCUGUACGGCUACUGCCCAUCCUGGGCUUUGAACUGGGAGUACAGGAAAAAAGGGAUCAUGGAAGAAAUCGUAAACUGUGAUGCUGACAUCUUAAGCCUUCAGGAAGUAGAAACGGAGCAAUACUUUAAUCUCUUUCUGCCUGAGUUGAAGCAACGAGGCUAUGAUGGGUUCUUCUGUCCAAAAUCUCGUGCCAAAUUAAUGUCUGAACAGGAAAGGAAGCAUGUAGAUGGAUGUGCAAUAUUCUUCAAAACAGAGAAGUUUGCAUUGGUGCAGAAGCACACAGUGGAAUUCAACCAAUUGGCAAUGGCCAAUUCAGAUGGCUCUGAAGCAAUGCUAAAUCGAGUCAUGACGAAAGAUAACAUUGGGGUCGCAGUACUUUUGGAAGUCCACAAGGAUCUUUUUGGAGGUGCAAAGGCACUUCAUGGAGCAGAAAAGCAGCUAAUUCUGGUGGCUAAUGCGCAUAUGCACUGGGACCCUGAAUACUCUGAUGUGAAGCUCAUUCAAACCAUGAUGAUUAUAUCUGAACUCAAAGCUAUCCUUGAGAAGUCAGCUGUAUCCCUUAGACCAAGUUGUCCUUCUGCAGACCCCAACUGCAUCCCGUUGGUGCUGUGCGCAGACCUUAAUUCACUGCCAGAUUCGGGCGUUGUGGAAUACUUGAGCACUGGAGGUGUUGCACAGAAUCACAAGGAUUUCAAGGAACUGAGGUACAACGAGUGUUUGACAAACUUCAGCUGCAAUGGAAAGAAUGGAACUUCAGACGGCAGAAUUACUCAUGAUUUCCAACUCAAGAGCGCUUAUGAAAACAACUUGAUGCCUUACACAAAUUAUACUUUUGACUUCAAGGGUGUUAUUGACUACAUUUUCUAUUCCAAGACUCUAAUGAGAGUGCUGGGUGUUCUUGGCCCUUUGGAUCCUCAGUGGCUUGUGGAAAACUCUAUCACUGGAUGUCCGCACCCCCAUAUUCCUUCUGAUCACUUCUCACUGUUAAUACAGCUUGAACUUCAGCUUUUUCUGCCACCUUUGAAUGGUGUGCACUUGCCAAACAGGAGGUAGUUGGAGCCCUGACCUGGAGGCACUGCCUGCUUUUAUGGACUUGUACAAUUAUAAAAUCAAAGUAUGACGGAGUGAAGUAUGGCUUGUAAAAAAAAAAGAACGCUAUUUGUUCUCUUUUAAAGUGUGUGUUCUGUAGGUUUCUAGUGUUACUGUUUCAUAGUUUAUUUCACUGUGUUGUCACUAAGGCCGGAGCAAACAAACUGAUGUUUUACUCAAACCUUUGGGGACACUGGAACUAGCAUUUUUCAUAACUCGAAGUGUUUAAUCUCACAAUGUUAUAUACUGUGUUCAUGUUUUCCUGUCGGAUUAUAUGCCUAAUCUGGCAUUAAAACAGCAGCAUUACAUGCUUUGCUAUACAGUGCCAUUGAUUCUUCUUCCAAAGACCGACAGGCAAAAUACCUUGAGAUAUUUGUUCUAAGUUUUGUCCCUGCCCUAGUUGCCUUGGAUCUUUUUAUAUGUCCGGUACCAAAAUUGUCUUGACUCAUUUCUCAAUAUUUGGAUGACAAUUUAAUGCCUUUUCAUUUGUCAUCCUCCAUUUCCUUGUCUAUGUCAGUCAUUUACAGUAUUCUCAUUGUUUGCUUUAAUUGUUUAAUACAUUUGAUUCUUUGUAUGUUUUUGCUUUUGAAGACCAGCAUUCCUCCUUUAUUCUCGUCCUUUCAGCAGUUUAGCGGAUCUCUGUUGGAUCUGAAUGAAGAGCUAAUUGAAGCCAUAGGGAAAUUUGUCCAGCUGUGAUUUGGUCUAAUGUUUUUUUUGCUUGGUAUGUAGUUCAUACCUGGUUUCGUUAAAGGUGCCUGUUAUUUAUUGCUUUCGAGAGAGAGGCAAGUUUAAAAUUUUCCAAAUUGAUUACUGAAAAUGUAUUUAAAAGUAAUCCAAGAUGUUUGAAGAAGAAAUCUGCUGCAUAUGCAGGGGAGUACAAUUUAGUAAAGUAAUUGGUUGAGACCAAGUUUCUCUUGAUAUGAUGAAGUAAACCAUAGAGUAAGCAGUAAUUGAGAAGCAUCAGGAAUAAGUUAGUUGUGAAAUCAAGUACCUUAAAGUUAUUGUGCAGUAAAUGAGCACCAUCUAAUGGUCGUUAAUUUUCAAGCUGUUUAUUCCAAUAAUGUAUUGCACUUUAUAAAGAAAUGGAUUUUGAUUGGUGCAGUAAAUAUGAAAUCUGUUUAAUGUGUCGUCCCCCCCCACCCCAGCCACAAGAGGGAGGGGGAAAAACUACUGCAUUUCAAGAACCAAUAUGUAGGGUUAUUUGAAUCAAAAGAACAACAUAACUUCUGAUAUGGAAAUCUUUUUAAUUGAAUAUAUGAUGCUGGUAUUACAUUGAAUAAAGUUUACAAGCGGCCAAGGCCUAUUUAUAAUAUUUACCAUUAACCACCUCUGAUAUUUGACUGGAUUUUGGCAUCAAGAUUAUCUGAAAUCUGUUUUAAGUCAGCACUUUAAUUCUAAAGCCUACAUUUUUGAAAGAAUAUGUAUUUAAGGACAUAAAUUAUGGAGCAAGAUAAAUUUGAUGAUAGUGGGACACCAGAAGGACCAAGUAAAUUCUGAAAACUAGAUUUUUUUGGUUGAGAAGAUUUGAACUUUUUAGGCCCUUUUAUUUAUCCUAAUCCUAGUGCAUAAAAUUAUUAUGAUCUUGCUUCUUAAAACAUGAUAAAUUAGCUUAUUCCAUGCAUUUAUUUUAAUAACUACAAGCAAUAUUAUCCUCCCAUACUUCACUCCAAAUAUUUUGUCUGAUCUGUAUGUAUAAAAUGGAAUUUGAAAUUAAUCUGUAAUGAUUGUAUAUGAACUUCAGAGGAGCCCAUUUACUGAAUAUUUGUUUUCUUUUUUUAUAAUUGAAGAGGAAAACAAUUUUUGGGAAAGCUUAAAUGUUAAUAGCUGCAAACUUUGUCUGCUUUCAAUAUAAAGGAAUCGAGACACUCUGUUGCAAGAGGGUGUUCCUCAGGUUUUCUUUGCUUCUGUAUGUAUUUUUCCAAAAUUCUGAUAAUGGUGUUUGUUAAAUUAAAAUAUAUAAUAAAGUUAUAUAUUUCAAUUGAGUGAAAUAACAUUUAAAGGAAAAAAUGUAAAACAGAGAUGAGCAAAUUUGCCAUAUGUGUUAAUUACAGUUGUCCAGGCAAAUAAUACAGAAAGCACAGUCAGAUUCAUACAUAUAUCUGUUACGUUUAUAUCAAUUGUUUCAUAACAAUGUGCCUCAUUCAAUUUGCUGAAGUACCAACACUGCCCAAGCAAGCAGAGAAAACCUGACAGGCCUUCCCUAGGCAACUUUUAAAAUUCUGUACAAUAAAUCUAUUAAGAUUUGUGAAGUUUUAUGUAAAAAAAAAGGCAGAAAAACAACUUAAAAACAAUUUUGUACAAGCUCUGUAGCGUGUUUAUCUUUGGUGUAAGGAAUGUGAGACAUUGGAAACUGCACCAUAAGUCAGGUAUGGCACAAUGAGUUCUGAGACCAGCUUUUUUUCCAUCCUAUUCCUAGCACAACUUGUCUUUUUUGCCUUUGUGUAAAGCAGGGGACCUACUCUCAGUGACAAAGGCUACAUAUGCAUAAGGUAUUCAUUACUUUUUAGGUAUUAUGUAUUUGAUGUGGAAAGCUUCUCCUUCCUUGUUCAGUAAUAAUUUCUCUUAUCAGAAAUCCUUGCUAACUUCAAUGGAUUGAAAAGCUACUGAAUUCCAGUCUUUCAAGGUAUCACAUCACUCAGCAUUUAUGUUCAGUAAUGUGAUUUAUAGUGAAACGUGAGUUUCUUUACUUCAGUUACAAAAGGCAGAUUUUAGAGGUAAUAGAAUGUUUUUAGAAUUGUUUAUGGCAGAGAUUAAUACACUGCAGAGAGAAAAAUGCAGUUAACCAUAUACCAAAAGUAAACCACUUCAUCAGCUUUUAAUUCACAGGUACUUUACAUGUUAGUGCAGGAUUCUUAAAUUGAGCUAAUUUAAAAUGCAUUUUCCACAUCAGUUCUUCAGGGACUAUUUCUAAGUACCUCUUUUUAAAUCAGAUCAGGCUCCUAAGAACUGAAAAAGAUCAUUGUACUUUUGUUAAUUUGUUUGAAAUAAAGUUAAUUUAUUUUUGAAAAUCUCUGCCUUGAUAAUUCAUAAAUGAAUCAUUAAAAUCUUGGUUCUGAUGACCCACAAAAUUUUUCCCAUCUUACCAUUGGGAAAGAGACCAAGUUCUGAAAAUAUCAGAAUAAAUGGGUUCAGAUUUUUACAUCUUGUACCUCAGCUGUUUAAGCCACUACUACAAGAAAGUGCAUGCUGAUCUUGGAAGGCAAAAUGAAUUUAGAAUUGAUGUACUGUUGUGUAAACACCUAAAGGAUGGCCAUUGAGACUUUCUUGUAUUUGCUUUCUUCAGUUGAGCUCUGGAAAGUGUACUUUGAGGCUACUUAUACACACAAUUUUAGAAGAUGUAAUUUGGACGGAGAUUGUAGUUCUGAUUUAACACAUCUUUAAAGAUUUUGCUAAGUGGCCAGUGGGAUUUUAGAGUGAGCUGUAGUUAAAUCACUGCAUAACUUGGAUAUUGUGCAUGUUUUUAGACGUUCGAUUAUACCAAGAAAAAAUGAGUGAUAUGACUCUUUGAGACUGUGGUGCUUCGGUUUGCAAAACUUCGCUUAUAUUGUAUUAAAAGAUUAUAGUUUA